AUGCAGAAUCUCUCAGAGAGUUUACUUAAAGCAGUAAGAAAAGCAGCUGAGACUGCUGAACUGGAAUUGAAGCUCUGUAUGUAUAUGAGGAUUCUAAAUGAGAUUGAGGCCUUGUGUACACAGUGGCAGGCUGAGGUGAAAGUCAAACAACAAUUGACAUUUGCUGUGAAUCAAGUAUUCACUAUGAAGAGCUUUGCCAACGCAAUCACCAUCAUUAAUAAGAAUAGAGAAAACCAGAUCUUAGGCCUGCAGUGA